AAACUCAUAUAAAUAUUAAUCAAUUUUCGAUUAAAAUAAAAAAUAGACACAGAAAAAAGCGUCAAGAUCGGGUUAGGGUUUCUCUCAUCCUCACUGGAAUCUCUUCUGGUCUCUUUGUCUGAAACCGUUACAGUGACAACCCUCGAUUCCUUUCUUCAAUUAUUUCAGUAUUGUGAAGUUUUGUGCUGAAAGAAACGUUGAAUUGGGGGAAGGUUUCAAAUGCCGGAGGAGGACCUGGUUGAGCUGAAGUUUCGUCUUUAUGAUGGAUCAGAUAUUGGUCCCUUCCGCUACUCGCCGGCCUCUACCGUUGCAAUGCUUAAGGAGAGAAUCGUUGCUGACUGGCCAAAAGAUAAAAAGAUUGUACCAAAAGGAGCAAAUGACAUUAAACUGAUCAAUGCGGGGAAGAUAUUGGAAAACAACAAGACCGUCGGUCAGUGUAAAGCGCCAUUUGGAGAGCUCCCAAGAGGGGUAAUCACCAUGCAUGUUGUUGUUCAGCCAUCUUUGGUAAAAAUGAAAACAGAAAAGAAAGUUGACGAGGCCCCAAAGAAAAAUAUUUGUUCAUGUUCCAUAUUGUAAGGAAACUGGCUCGUGAGCAUGGGCAAGCUUGUGAGUUUGCCUUGAGAUUCCUUGGGUCUUCGAGACCAUGGAAAAUGAGUAGCUGAAAAGAAAAAAAUAAUUUGUGAAUCGGUCAGAGUCAGUCCCAUCUCUCAUGGUCUCGCAUGUUUGUUGGAGGGCAUUCCUGUGUAACAGUCCAUAAUAGUGCUGAUGUAUUUUACGUUUUAUAAAAUGGGUGCUUGAUGUAUUUUGGUAAGCUUCAAUAUCUAUUUCCAAUUUAUUUAUACAAGCA